UCCAAUCAGACACAGACAUGAAGCUAAAAAAAAAGCGGUGGUGGAGCGGGACCAUUGGUUUCCUGUAACUGUAAGAAGCAGAAAGCUAUGGAUUUUGGGUGCAAGGACGUUAAUGUUUGGAAAGAAGCACUUUCAACUUACACAUCUCAAGUGCAAUCACUUUCUCUCUCCAAAAACAAACCCAAUUUAGUUUCUCUUAACCAAUUUUAUUGCAAUGAACUACCUUCCCUCAUUCACCAACGAAACCCUAACCCUUUUAUCACUACCCAAGAACUCUCCAAACUCAUGCAAUGGAAACUCACACGUGGCAAAUGGAGGCCGCGUUUGUUGGAUUUUGUUUCUGCGCUGGAUGAAGAUGUAGUCAAACGUGCUUCUGAAAAGGCUUUUGAGAGUCUACCUGAUAUAUCGAAAGCGAUUUCUGAACUGAGUGCAUUGAAAGGCGUUGGUCCUGCUACUGCCUCUGCUGUUUUGGCUGCUUUUGCUCCGAAUUUAACUCCUUUUAUGUCUGAUGAGGCCAUGCAGGCUGCUCUUGGAAAUUCUAAAGAUUAUACGCUCAAGCAAUAUCUUAUAUUCGCCAAUAAACUGCAGGAGAAAGCAAAGGAACUAAGUUCAGAAGAUACCUCAUUUACCCCAUCUGAUGUAGAAAGGGCUUUGUGGAGUUGUGCUAUACGGAAGUUAUCAGCACCUAAAUCAAAUAAGGACCCUGAGAAGACCAAUCCAAGCAAGACCUCUAAAAGAAAGAGAAAUACUUGACAUAAAAGUGGACCAUUAAUUUUAGAAAUUACAAGUAGUGUCUGUCCUUUUAUGCUAUGCAACUUUUGCCCCCCUUGUUGUUGGGGACAUUUUUGUUCUUAAGCUGUAACCAAAUUGAAGUUUCAUGUUUUGUUUUUAGAAGUCCUAACAUUCCUUUCUUGAAAAUGGGCUUGUGAUGGAACUUAGAUGCUUGCAUGGACUUCAUCUUAUUGAUAUUAACACAUCAUGGCUGAUCAAUAAUGUCUCAUUUAAUGCUUGCAUGGACUUCAUCUUA